AUGGGGAGUGAAGUGAAUUCAGAAUGGGUGUGGAACAUAGGGGUCCAGGUGGAUUUUCUUGAGGUUCAGGCUGAGGAGAAAUUGUAUACGGCUGGUGGUGGAUAUGGGGUGCUCAGACGGGUGGUUAGCCAACCAACUUUAAAUGCAGCGGCAUUGGAAGCGGCCAACCAGAUAUGGAGAACGCAGGUUCCUUCGAAAGUGCAAGUGUUUGGUUGGAAAUGCAUUCAGGACAUAAUUGCUACAAGGGACCAAUUGGAUAAAAGGGGAAUCCUGUCUAAUAAUAUGUCAAACUCGUGUGCUCUGUGUAAUGGUGAUAGUGAAUCGGUUCUACAUCUGUUUGUGUUAUGUCCUUUUGCAAAUACCGUAUGGCAGCAUGUGUGUUCAUGGAUGGGCAUUGAAACAGUUCAAGCAGCCUCGCUUAUUGAUCAUUUGAAUUUUUUCUCUGCUUCGGUCGAAAGAAAAGUUCCGGUGAAGAAGAAGCUAUAG